CGCUUCAUCGUGUCGCAUUGUCGACAUUUUCGCGCGGUGCUCGCUUCGCAUCGUCGUCUGCAGCUUCGGCAUCCAAGUACCCUUUCCUGGCACAGCUCGGCUUGACGGCUGAAAACCCAGGCGUCUUCAACGGCAAGUGGGGCGGCUCUGGAUCGCUCACCCAUUCGGUCGACCCCGCAACCGGUGACACGAUCGCAUCCGUCCGCCAAGGCACUGCCGCAGAGUACAAGGACACUGUUCAGAAGACGCGCGCUGCUUACAAGCAAUGGGCCUCGAUUCCCGCGCCCGCUCGCGGUGAGAUUGUCCGCCAGAUCGGUGAUGCCUUGCGCGAAAAGAAGCGCCCGCUGGGUCAGCUUGUCUCGCUCGAAAUGGGCAAAAUCCUGCCAGAGGGCGAAGGUGAGGUCCAAGAGUACGUCGACAUUUGCGACUAUGCUGUCGGCUUGAGCCGCAUCAUGUCGGGCAAGGUCAUUCCGUCCGAGCGUCCCGGCCAUAUGCUCCUCGAACAGUGGAACCCUAUGGGCAUCAUUGGUGUCAUCUCAGCUUUCAACUUCCCCGUGGCCGUGUUUGGCUGGAACCAGGCACUUGCCCUCGUUGGCGGCAACGCCACCUUGUGGAAGGGUGCUCCCAGCACCAACCUCGCGUCCGUCGCCGUCACUCGCAUUGUCGCCGAUGUUCUGGAGCGCAACAACAUGCCUGGUGCAGUCUCGUCGCUCGUGUGCGGUGGUGCCGACAUUGGCCAACUGAUGGCUGAGGACAAGAACGUCAACGUCCUGUCCUUCACCGGCUCGACUCGCGUCGGCCGUGAAGUCGGUCUCACUGUCCAGCGCCGCUUUGGCCGAUCCAUCCUCGAGCUCGGUGGCAACAACGCCAUCAUUGUCAUGAACGAUGCCGAUCUUAAGCUGGUCGUGCCCGCCACCGUUUUUGCCGCUGUUGGUACCGCCGGUCAGCGCUGCACAACCACCCGUCGUCUGCUGCUGCACGAAGACAUUCACGACACUGUCGUUGAGCGCGUCGUCAAGGCCUACAAGCAAAUCAAGAUUGGCUCCCCUCUUGAGCCUGGCGUGCUCUGCGGCCCUCUGCACACUAAGGCUGCCGUCCAGCAAUACAAGGACGCCAUCGCCGCCGCCGUCGCCCAAGGUGGCAAGGUCAUCCAUGGUGGCAACGUCCUCGAGCGCAAGGGCAACUUUGUCGAGCCCACCAUCAUUCUCGCCUCGCCCAACAUGCCGAUCGUCAAGCAGGAGACCUUUGUCCCCAUUCUUUACGUGAUGAAGUUCAAGACCUUUGAGGAAGCCGUUGAAAUCAACAACAGCGUCGAUCAAGGCCUGAGCAGCUCUGUUUUCACCAAGGACACCACCAACCUGUUCAAGUGGAUGGGUCCGCAUGGCUCUGACUGCGGCAUUGUCAACGUCAACAUUCCCACCAGCGGUGCUGAAAUUGGCGGUGCUUUCGGUGGUGAGAAGGAAACUGGCGGUGGUCGCGAGUCUGGCAGCGAUGCUUGGAAGCAAUACAUGCGUCGCUCCACUUGCACGAUCAACUACAGCGACCAGCUGCCCCUCGCUCAAGGCAUCAAGUUUGAGUAAAAUUGUAGCAUUAACCGGGAAUCGCUGAUUGUCAAGAACGGUCUCUGCCCUAGUGUUUGUGUCGUUUCGUCUACAUGCUGUAUCGUUUAUUUUUUUUUUUUUCAAACCGUGUUUUGUUUGUGCUCGAUCCAUCGAUUACAUGCAUUUCUAUCUCUGCCA